AUGGAUCUUGAGGAGUGCAAGAAAGCGAAGGCCAAGGCCAAGUUCCAUGUCACACGAAAUCGAAACUUGUUGCUCAGCAGGAUCUACGAAGAGGAUGCGACCUCGAAAGAGAUCAAGAGGUUGUUGGAUGACGUGACUGAGAGUGUUCACAACGCUGUGCAUGUGUGUCUAAAACUGGUAACUCGGUACGCAGAAUUAGGACUACCCACAGAAAAAGUGCACGAGGAGAUAGAGGUCAUCAACGUCGACUACAGCGAUGCUGUCAGCAAGACCAGCGACGUGCUGGCAGAAAUCAGCAAGAGGCCAAGUCGAGCCAGAACAGGUGAAAGUUCGCCAGCUUCCAUCACCAGAGCCAAGAACAUAAGAUUAGUAAAGGCAAUGUUGACGCAGAGCUUGGAGAAUCCCAGAGCAAGUGGGAGGAUGUUGACACCGCCACACUCUCCUAGUAAGGCCCUUGAGGAAAAACAGAACAUGUGUGCUGAGAAGAGUCUCAGUCGUUUUGGGAAUGUGUCUGCAUCCAGUGUCAGCCAGAGUGCGACUGUUGAGGGGACUACCCAGCCGCCUGCCGUUUCCUCGGGAGCACCUCUGAGAGCAAAUGCAUCGGCACUCCCCCUGGGAACUCCAAGUGGUGACCAUCGUGAUAGACAGGACGAACCGCCUGGGGCUGACACAGAAAGCGUCAGUGACAGCCAGCUAAUUGUGUCGUCGUCAAGUGCAACCAUGGCAACCAAUGUGAGUACAGACAAGUCACGCACGAUUAAGGUGUCCUUUCCGGUCUCUUUGUCGUCUGUACCUACAUUACCGUUUACGGCGGAGCUCUUGUCAAAAGUUCACCCGGUUGCCAUGGCAACCGCCGAAACCAUGGCAACACCGCUGAACAUUGGUCAUCAGUCUGCAGGGAGUAACCAGGCAAGUGGCAUUGCUCAGUCUGGCGUGCAGCAGGCACCGGUAUCUACGUCGGCAGCUUCGGCAAGAAACGUAAUCACUGCCCCUAACCAUAGUUCAAGUGGGGUCAGUGUACCACCCAGAGCAUUGUCGGCCACGACCAUACUCGUGCAGUCAGCCCAGACGCAACCAACUCCUGCAGUGCAGCCUCCUCAUGGGACGCAACCAACUCCAGCUGUGCAGCCUCGUGCAGUUGCAAGUCAUACUCUCUCGGCUUCUACACCUGCAUUUGUGCCGGGAUCAGGAAAUUUGUAUGUUCCGCCGCCGACCCAUUCUGGACAUCCAUUCUCAUUUGGAACACCACCGGGUUUCUUGUCGGCACCCGACUUCCCGACGCACAUCUUGCCGAAUCAGUCUGGAAUAAUGUCUACCCCACCAGCGACCCAACCGGUCAUGCAACAAAUACCAGUUGGUCAGCCAGGUCACGCGUCACACCGUGAAGAUUAUGGUCUUGUGCAGCCGAGCAGUCUUCCAGUUGCCAUGACUUCGCCGAGUGGUCUACCAGUGCAAGCGUGUAGUUCUGAUAGAAUCGAGUUGUACCGACAUUUAGAGAAAGUGUCAAUUCCAACGUUCAAGGGCGACAAGCGGCAAUAUGAGACGUGGAAGGCGGCGUUUGAGAUGUGCAUUGGCUGCGCUAACAUUCCGGAUGGGCUGAAGUUAUUGCAGCUCCGAAAAUACCUCGCGGGCGAUGCACUACGGUCUAUCGACACUCUUGGCUACUCGGCCGAGGCGUAUGAGGCAGCACGACGUAGGCUGGAACGCAAGUUCGGUGGUCAGCGACGUCUAGUUGCAGUGCAUCUAGAAGCCCUUGAGAAGUUCCCAGCGAUGAGAUCUGCAAACGCCCAGGAGUUGGAGCGUUUUGCGGAGCUACUCGAUGUCGCUGUGGUGAAUUUGAAGGCGAGUGGUCAGACACAGGAGUUGGCUAACGGGACAUUUUAUGUCCGGCUAACACAGAAGCUGGGGGUGUCUCUUCUGCUGAGCUACCAGAAGUGGAUACACCAGACAAGCACCUCUGAAUCUGUCGAAGCGCUUCUGCAAUGGGUGGAGCUGGAAAGCGAGUUCCAAGUACGAGCCCAGGAGACGAUCCAAGGUAUCUCCACGGCAACUCCAGUAGGGUCCACUCAAACAGCAAAGAGUCACCCGCUGAAGGGCCAGGCCAGUCAUGGUGGAGUGAAGCAUCAGGCAUUCUUCGCUGACAAGCCCAAGAAGGCCCAGAGCAGCAGCAGUUGCCCGAUCUGCACGAAGAUCCAUCCCGUUUGGAAAUGCCUAGAGUAUCGGAAGCUGUCAAUUGCAGAGCGUUGGCAGAAGGCCCGGACGCUCAAGCUUUGCUACCGUUGCCUUAACUCUGGUCAUUUGGGAAAUAACUGUCCCAGGUCGCAGCCCUGUGGUGCAGACGGUUGUACAGAGACCCACAACGCGUUGCUGCACGGAAAGUCUAGUACUACUACAGACUCGAAUGGAGCCUCACAGAAGCCAGUGCUCCAGUCUAGCGCCUCCAUGGAGGGGGGUGACACCAGUUCCAUGGCCACACAUAUGAGUAGUGUCGGCGUUAGAGCUGUCGCACUGCGAACCGUUCCCGUCAUACUUCGCCACGGCGACAAGAAUGUCAAGGUCAACGCGCUGCUGGACGACGGCAGCACGCAAUCUUACCUUAAUUGCGACGUUGCGGCACAGCUAGAGCUUAGCGCUCCCACACAAGAAGUGUCAGUGAGCACGCUGAACGGCCGCAUCGAGACCCUAGAGACUAUGCCAGUCGACUGCCACAUCGAGAGUCUGGAUGGCAGAUUUAUCACACAGUUCUCUGCUCUGACUGCCAAGAAUGUCACCGGUGACCUUACACCUCAUGAUUGGUCGGUAGAUCAGACACAGUAUCCGCACCUCAACGGCAUCGAGUUUCCGCAAUGCCAGAAGAAGCGAGUAGAGGCGCUGAUCGGCCUUGACCACGCUAGUCUCCACAGGUGCAUGGAGGAAGUCUAUGGUGAGGCUCAUGAGCCAUUCGCACGCAGAACGCCACUCGGGUGGACAUGCGUUGGCAGGAGCACCAGACCGCAACAGACGACAAAUUUCACCCGCACGUACUUCGGAAAGGACGUCGACCUGAAUGCACUAGUGAGAAGGAUGUGGGAGGUGGAGGAACUUUCCCAGUCGUACGAAUUCUGUGCAGAUGAUCAAGCCGUUUUUGAUCAGACGGUCCAGUCGAUGACCUACAAGAACGGAAGAUACCAGGUUUCGGAGCCGUGGAUCAAGAGACCACCUCCGGACAACUACAGUCGAGAAACUGCAAUGAAGCGGCUCAUCGCAGCAGAGAGACGCCUGGCGAAGGAGCCAGACGUCGCUGAGGAAUACCGAACCGUGAUUCGCCGUCACUUAGAACAAGGGUAUAUCAGCAAGAUCAGCAACGCAAGUGAUGGCGACGGCUGGUAUCUGCCGCACUUUGCUGUUGUACGGCCUGGGGCUACAUCCACAAAGGUGCGUGUGGUCUUUGAUGCAGCAGCAAAGACGAAAGGCAAGUGUCUGAAUGACUACAUCAGCACUGGGCCCAAACUACAACGGGACCUCACCGACGUUCUCCUGCGGUUUCGGCGACACCCAAACGCACUGGUAGCCGACGUGGCAGAGAUGUAUCUACAAAUCGAGUUGGAAGAGGAUGACCGACAGUUCCAUCGAUUUCUUUGGCGAGAAGAUACGGAGGCCCAACCGGCCGUUUACCAGUACAAUAGAGUGGUGUUCGGGAUCAAUGCAUCUCCAUUCUUAGCUCAACUGGUUUCGCAAGAGCAUGCGCGGCGGAACCAGGAGGAGUUUCCUAUGGCAGCAGAAACUGUGUUGAAGUCCACGUACAUGGACGAUUCAAUGGACUCGACAAAGUCAACAGAGCUAGCGAUUCAGCUGUACCACGAGCUUACGGCGCUGUGGGGUCUCGCUGGAAUGCAUGUGCGAAAAUGGAUUUCCAACAAUGUUGAGGUGCUCGCCGAAGUCCCCGAGGAGGACCGAGCCAAGGAAGUGGACCUCGCUAAUGGAAUCCUGCCGACGACCAAGACUCUCGGAGUUAAGUGGCGAGCAGAGGAAGACGAGUUCCUGAUUCAUGUCAAGCCGCCAUCAGACAUUGUCACCAAGAGAGCUUUCUUGAAGAACCUAGCCACAUUGUUUGAUCCGAUCGGAUUCGUACUGCCAUUCACCAUAGUUGGUCAGAUGUUGUUCCAGAAGAUGUGGCUAGCAGGUGCUGACUGGGACGACUCGCUGCCGCCAGAGCUAGGCGCAGAGGCGCAAAAGUGGUGUGCCGACAUGGAUGCACUCCAGGAUGUCCGAGUUCACCGGUGUCUUCAACGCGAUGAAGAGGUGGUGGAGACUAAGCUACAUGUAUUCUGCGAUGCCUCGCAAGAUGCAUAUGGAGCAGUCGCUUAUCUCUGUCAUGUGUACCAGGAUGGUACGAGGUCCAGUCGAUUCGUCAUGGCUCGAGCCAAAGUGGCACCGUUAUCAGCUGUUAGCAUCCCCCGACUCGAGCUAAUGGGAGCAGUCAUCGGAUGUCGUCUUGGUGUGUCCGUAGCCAAGACACUCGCCAUCGCAAUGGAGAAUGUCGUGUUCUGGAGUGACAGCAUGGAUGUCCUGUGGUGGAUAAGGAACAGCAGCCGGGUCUUCAAGCCAUUCGUGGCCAACCGCGUCGGUGAGAUCCAGGCUUCUUCCUCGCCUAGUCAGUGGUUCUACGUUCCGACGGCGGUGAAUCCAGCUGACAUCCUGUCACGAGGAACAUCAAGCGCUACUAUCGCGAUGAAUGUGCUGUGGUGGAACGGUCCGUCAUAUCUCGUUCAGAGCAUCGAAGAACGGCCACAGCAGCCCGAGGGAUUCAACGUUCCAGCUGCACCAGAGGUCCGCACGAAAGCCAAACCACCCGAAGAAGGUCAGCAACACCACCAAGUGACAUGUGUGUCUUUCCUCUCGAUGAGCGAGUGGGUUCUGGCGCCUGAACGAUUCUCUUCGCUUCAGCGGCUGGUCCGCUUGACGGCGUGGGUGCUGCGCUUUUCUUCAAACUGCCGAAUCCCAGCCACGCAGAGACAGUAUGGUCAGCUGACGGUUGAGGAAGUCGAAGACAGCCUCCAGGCCAUUAUUCGGUCAAGCCAGAAGGACGCCUUUGCUGAAUAUUCGUCACUGCAGAAGGGCAAACCAUUACCGGCAGCCAGUCCACUGAGCAGCCUGACCCCGUUCUUGGAUGAAGUUGGUGUGAUGAGAAUGACAGGACGGCUCCAAGAGGCACAGUAUCUCAGUCAAGACGCCAAGCACCCGAUCAUCUUGCCGCGGUCUUGCUGGAUAACACAGCUAGUGAUCAGAGACCAGCAUGAGGCAGACCAUCACGUCGCAGGUACAGCUCACACUAUGGCAGUCCUCAUGAGGAAAUAUUGGAUCGUGGCGAUUCGAGAAGCCAUCCGGGAGUACGAACGUUCCUGUGUGAAAUGUCAAUUUCGUAAAGCACAACCAGCCACGCAGAUCAUGGCACCAUUGCCCAAGAUCCGGUUGAAGGAGCCUCUCCACGCUUUCAGUCGCGUGGCCGUCGACUUUGCUGGACCAUUCGCAACAGUACAGGGUCGAGGGCAACGACGAGCUAAGCGGUACUUGUGCGUCUUCACCUGCUGUCUUUGUCGUGCUGUGCAUCUGGAAAUGGCCACAGGUUUGGAUACCGACAGCUUUCUGAACGCCUUUCAACGAAUGUGCAACCGCCGUGGUGUUCCUGCUGAAGUGCUCUCGGACAAUGGUACGAACUUCGUCGGGGCUAAUCGUGAGCUAUCGGAGAUUUUCACCGAGCAGGAGCAACACGUCCUGGAGCACAGCGCUACCAUGAAGAGGAUCAAGUGGCAUUUCAUUCCUGCCCAGACACCACACUUUGGAGGCGUUCACGAAAGUAUGGUAAAAGCAGCAAAGAAGGCUAUUUACCAUGUUCUACAGCAGGCAUCAAUCACCGAUGAGGAGCUGCGAACAGCAUUCUGCAGCGCAGAGGCGCUACUCAACUCUCGUCCAAUUGUUCCUCCCUCUAGUGACAGCCGCGACGACUUGCCACUCACACCGAAUCACUUCCUGGUUGGACGCAUUGAGCACUAUCAUCUUGCCGUCGAGUCACCGUGUCUUCGGCGCCGCUGGCAACACGUCCAAAUGCUUGUAUCCCAUGUCUGGCGAAGGUGGAUGCAGGAGUGGAUACCAGCCCUGAAUCGUCGCUCCAAGUGGUGGAAAGAGUACCCGGAUCUCAGUGUCGGUGACAUCGUCCUCGUUGUGUCAGCUGAUACCCCCCGUGGCAGGUGGCCUCUUGGACGGGUGUUGGAGGUCUACCCUGGUUCUGACGGCAGAGUGCGUGUCGCUAAGCUCCAGGUCGGAGGCAAGCAGGUAACCAGGUCAGUUGUGCGGCUAUGUCCGGUUGUGAAAGGCUGA